ACUGGACGCUUUGACGCCUUGGUGUGAACGGCCCUUAAGUUUCGUUUCUGUAAAACGUAAACAAAUGUGAUCAGAGCUGAAUGAUCUGAUCAAACGGGCUGAUGUGGCUCUACAGUGGUUCUGGUUUAUAUGUUGUAAAGUUAAGUUUAUUUAUGCAGAAGAUUUUAAUGAAGAAUCUGUUGGUUUGAUGUGUGCAGGGGAUUGUGGGAAAUCUUGUAGCUCCUUAUGCUAAAGGAGCUCACGAAAAUACUAAAUAUGGAAAAUACAACAAAAAACCUGAAGAAGACAGAGAAGACCUCAAAGAAGGCCAAACCUGCAGAGUCCUCCAAACAGAAGGGCAGUGAUAAAAGGACAGAGUCAAGCAAAGAAAAGAAGAGAGAUUUCUACAUAAACAGUGAUGUGGAGGCUGCUGCACAGGUCACAGCAGUGCUGUGGAGGACUCACAAAAUCAGACUAGCACCUGUAGAAGAUCACAAGCUCUCCAUCCAAAACAAGAUGGAGGAGAUCUUCAGGAGGUGGUCCAGCACAAAACAGACGGUGGGGGAGCAGACAUCUCUGCUCCAGCAGCAGAUGUCUGAGGAAGGCCUUCACCAGACGACACAGCUCUCUCUUCCGCAGUCUGAGCAGGAGCUGAAGAAGUUAACAGAAUAUCUUCAGCUGUUGCUGGACAGGGUGAUUGAGCAGGACCAGAGUGUGAUCAGGGCUCACAGGGAGGAGCUGGCUCAGUGGAAGGAGAGUGUGCAGAAGGAGGAGGAGGCUAAACACGCUGUGGACCAGAGUGUGUGGGACAGGGGCUUGGCCAUGGUCAGGGAGUCAGAGGAGCAGAAGUUGCUGAGGAGGCAGCAGGUUGUGGAGGAGUUUGAAUUUCAAAUGCGCACGAAGAUGUUUGACAUGUUUAAAAACUUUACCCUCCAUAGAACCACGUCUCUUUUUCAGAGUCUGGAGCUGGAGCUACACCAGGUGAUCUCAGAGAGGCUGUACACUGAGCUGAAACUUGAGGGGCUCACAGCAGAAAACGAUAAACUCAAAGGCAAAUACAGACAGGCCAAAGCCAAACUCAGCAGUGUUAGCUCAGUGUUAACACUGAGCAAAGGACCUGCUGAUGAAAAACACAAACAGUUGAUGGACAAAGAGCUGAAGAAGCUGAUGGGUAAAGCCCAGGUCUAUGAGGACCUCCAGAGGAAGAACCUACGCUUUUUGCUUGCUGAUGCAAUGAAGUUUGAGAAGAUGUGGCUGACACUGGACGAGGAGGUGAAGGAGCUGCUGGAGAGGGCUUUAGACCUGGACUCCACCAUCUACCAACAAGUCCUGCACCUCUCCUGGGAGCAACCGGAGCUGAGCUGUGCCGAGCCAUGGAGGAGGUUUGAGGAGACAUCCAUGCUUCUCCAGAGCUCCCGGAGCAGCCAGGAGCAGAACCAAGAACCACAGAACCAAGAGAGACAUUCAAAGGCAGAGGAGAAGAGCCACAGCCCAAGGACUGUGCACAAACUCAUGGAAAUACUGUGUGAAGAAGCGGGCUUCUUGAUUGAGUUUCUAACAGAUAAUGAGCUCCAGUCCUUGGAUGAAAAUGAGCGUACUCGUCUAAAAGCGGGCUGUCUGUUUAAGACUCUCGGUAUAAAGGACGUGUCACAGUUGGUGGAUUUCCUGUGUGAAUAUGACCAGCAGAGCUCCAGGCGCAGGGCGGAAGCUGAGGCUGCAGAGUCCAGGUGCUCCACAGGUGAAGUCCAGACCAGCCCUACAGCUCCUGUGACCUCUGACCCCAUUGACCCGACUGACAUUCUGCAAGCGCUCAAUGUUUUCAUCAACCACCACGAGCGGGGAAGCCCAAUGCAGCGACACUUACAGCUGGGGUGCAGGGAUAAGUGGAGUGUGCAGAGUCUGAAGGUCCUGGACAUGUCGAAGGAGGAGGCCUACUGGGAGAGCCUGUCCAGCACCAUCACAGCCCACAAACUGUACAUGUGGGAGGCGGCUGAGAGGAGCCUCCAGCAGCACCAUGCCGUCCUGUGUCAGAUGUCUGAGCUGCUCCUCGAGAUCCAGACUCUUCAGCCGGAGAACUCAGAGCUGAACACGGUGCUCGUGGGUCUCCAGGAGCUGUGACUGGACUGACCCGGGCCCCCGUGCCGCCUUUGACUUCAAGAUGGAUUUUACUGCAGCUAAAACCCAUGAAACUGUCUACAUUUGGAUGCAGUUUGAAUAAAAUGAGACGAUGA